AUGGAGCAAAAGUAUGUUCUACAAUUGGCAAGGCAACUCCAGGAUGAGGAAGACCAACAUCGAAGAGCUAAAGAGAUGGAAGAAUUCCAGAAGCUGCAGAGACAAUUUGGCAUGGACAAUAGAAUGCAACCUAUGGAUUUUCACCUACACAAAGCGCAGAUGAUGGAAACUUUAGCUACGGGCAUAGAUGAUGGAAGAACAAAGACUUCAGGGGUUUUAGAAGUGCUACACAGGUAUUAUCACAGCUCAGCACCUGAAGUGAACAGGGUCUGGCUUUGUUCACAUUUGGACCAUUUCAGCAACUCUCUAGGAGACAAGGGAUGGGGUUGCGGCUUUCGGAAUUUCCAAAUGCUCCUUUCUUCUCUGAUGACAACUGACUCUUACAAAAACCAUUUACAAGCAAACUUUUCACCAGGUUAUAGGUCAAUACCUUGUAUCCCAAGGAUUCAGCUUAUGAUUGAAGACUCCUGGAAGGAAGGCUUUGAUCCUCAUGGUGCCUCACAUUUUAAUGGCAAAUUGCAUGGCACCAAAGCUUGGAUUGGUGCAUGUGAAAUUUACUGCGUGCUGACAUCACUUCGACUAAAGUGUCGAAUUAUUGACUUCCAUAAGCCAAGUAGUCCAUCCGGAACACAUCCUCUUUUGUUCGACUGGGUUCUGAACUACUAUUCUUCUAAUGCCCCAAAUAGUGAUCGAGUGGUUUGUACCUCAAAGCCUGCCAUUUAUCUUCAGCAUCAAGGUCAUAGUCGUACCAUAGUUGGAAUAGAAGAGAGAAAAAAUAAGAGCUAUUGCCUGUUACUAUUUGAUCCUGGUUGUCCUCAUGAAAAUAUGUGCAAGCUUUUGAAGCACAAUAUGGAUAGUGCAGCUCUUAAACCACUUCGGAAAUUUCCAGGGAGCUUGAAACAUAAGCAAUACCAGAUAGUGGCCGUCGAAGGAGUUCUGUCUGCAGAAGAAAAAGCUGUUUGUCUCCAGAUGACGAAAACUUUCAAAGCAGAGAGAAUUCCAUAA